GUCCAUGUGGUUGCGGGUAUUUGAGUGACAAUAUGUACACGAAAUAAUAUGUCCCCCCCCCCCCUUCUCGUUGGCACGUGGUAGUGGACAGUCUUGUCAAUAAUGGACGUCUCCCAGGUGACCCUCAGUGUCAGAGGAGAAACUUGUCCAGGCGAGGUGAUUGCUGUGGUUGGGAGCUGUGAAUCCCUCGGCAUUUGGAGCUACCAAAAAGCAGUGGUCUUGAAAGCCAGUGAUGAGGGAAAUAAGUGGACGACAACGGUCGCCAUUCCCAGGGGAGUUGAGGUCAAGUACCGCUACUUCAAGGGCUUCUUUCUAGGGGCAAAAAGGGCGGGCGAUCCUUCUCAGGUGAUAGUCAAUGUGUGGGAGAGCCAUCAUCAUCCCCGCACCAUGAGCCCCACAGCACCGCACGUGAAUGUCAACAGUGGACAGUUUGGAAUUCACAAUGGGGUCACGUGUGUCGACGUCGGCUGGCUCACGUGCCAAACGGAGAUUCGCCUGCGUCUGCACUAUUCCAAGAUGUCUCCGGUGUCCAUCACCAAGAAGAAAUUCAAGAAGUCUCGUUUCAGGAUCAAAUUGACACUGGAGGGUGUUGAGGAGGAGGACGAAGAGGGCGAGGAGGAGGGGGAGGACUCGCGCAACAUGUCAUCCCCACCCAAAGUGCCCACCACCCUGGAGAUCAGCAUGAUCAGCCCAAAAUGCUACAAGUCCCGCCACUCGCAGCCAGAGUGCGGCUACGCCCUGGAACCUUCACGGUGGACCGAGUACAGCAUCCACAGCAUGGACCCCGACAACCUGGAGCUCACUUUUGAGUUUUUGCAGGAGGAUAUGAGUGAGCACGUGGUCCAGGGCGACGUUCACCCGGGUUACGUGGGCACCGCCUGCCUCCUCUCCUCCACCUUCCUGGAGAGCGGCAGGGACCACGGUCUGGUAACGCUACCAAUCAUGGGGCGCAACUCCAGGCAGACCAUCGGCAAAGUGCGAGUGGACUACCUGGUGAUCAGGCCCAUCCCGGGCCUGCAGUGCGACAUGAGUGCCACCUUCAGCAAGUACUGGAAGAAAGGAAGGUCCUUGAACGUGGGCCACCGGGGAGCUGGAAGCACCCAAGCUGCCAAGCAUCACAGAGUGCGAGAGAACACCAUUGCUUCGUUUAAGAGCGCCGCCAAGCACGGGGCCGCCUUCGUGGAGUUCGACGUCCACCUCUCCAAAGACGCCGUGCCCAUCGUGUACCAUGACCUCACGUGUUGCAUCGCCACCAAGAAAAAGAAAAAUGACCAGACUCUGGAGCUCAUUGAGGUGCCUGUGAAAGAUCUAACGUUUGAUCAGCUGCAGCUUCUGAAGCUGGCUCACGUCACCGCCAUGAAGGGAAACGAUCUCAAAGACAUGUUGGAGGACGAUGACGAUAUUGACGAGCAUCAGCCCUUCCCGUCGCUCUCGCAGAUCUUCCAAGCUCUCCCAGAACAUGUGGGCUUCAACAUCGAGCUCAAAUGGAUCAGUCAGAUGAAGGACGGGUCAUGGGAAGGCAACAUGUCAUCCUACUUCAACAUGAACAUGUUCUUAGACAUCAUUUUGUCCUGCGUUCUCCGCGAAGGAGGCAAGCGACGCAUCGUCUUCUCUUGCUUCGACCCCGAUAUCUGCUCCAUGGUGCGCCGCAAGCAGAACAAGUACCCCAUCCUUUUCCUGACGCAGGGCAUCUCUGAAAAGUAUCCAGAGCUGAUGGACAUACGCUGCCAGACCACCGAGAUCGCCAUGAGCUUCGCUCAGAGCGAGGACAUCCUAGGCAUCAGCGCUCACACCGAGGAGCUGAUGAUGAACGUGAGCCUCAUCAGGGAGGCGCAGGACAAAGGCCUGGUGGUGUUCAGCUGGGGCGAUGACAACAACGAGCACGAGAAUAGGAGGAAACUGAGGGAGCAGGGCAUUGACGGACUCAUCUAUGACAGGAUCUGCGAGGAACAAGCGGAGCAGCCUAACAUCUUCCAGGUGGAGGAGCAACACUCCCUGCGGGAGGUCAUCACAGACGAGACCCUUAAGAGUCCCGCCUGCUCCUGCUACUCCAUACCGUGCUCCAUGGCGCCAUGUGUCGCCGGCAAGGAGCGAGCCUGCAGCGGCAGUGCCGAGUCCGACUCUGGCCUCAGCUCCUCGUAGCCCCGUCCAAUUCUCACAAAAGGGAUUUUGUGUUCUGAGUUUGAAGUACCUUCGCUGAUGUGCACAAAAUGGCCACUUUGAAUUUCAAUUGUAGCGACUGCUUGCCUCUGCGUUCAGAUUUUAGACAGGAUACUGAAGUGUGAUAUUAGACCGCAUAAAGCACUGCAACAUUAUGCAGUGCUGUGAUCCACCGUUCAUCACAGGAGUUACAUACCAAACUUACCUGUGUCUAAAGUAGACUUUAAACACAACACUUGCAAGCAAAAAAUAUUUGGAAAAUCGAUUGAAUAAUCCCAAAAAAACAACAAAAACCGGAUUGUAAUAUAAGACCUAACAUACCCAUUCUUCACGCUUUAAACACGUUGUUUAAACACAGAAAGAUUCCAAUACAUGCGCACACACAAAUACAGAGAAAGAAAAUCUGAAAAUGUGCAAAGAAACAGCGAUAGUGCUGGACCACGACAAGCACUAUCUUAUAUACAAGCACCACUUUGCCUUCUGUUACAUUGUUUCUAGUAUCCUACAUUAAAUAGCAACAAUACUUUAUCACUUGGUGGUGUAUGUCUUGGAAUGUCUGUCAUGCACAGACACAUUUUCAUGCUGAGUUUUUAGAACAGGGUGCGAACAAACAUACUCUUUGCUUCGAAGAAUUAAGAGGAACCUGUUUUUGUUUCAUGUGUGUUGACUUUUUGCAGGCCAAGAGCCAUAUGGCUCUUGGUGAUAUUCACGCACAUUACAGAAUGUCCUUGCAUACCUAUUUGUCAUGUCCUUGUUUACGAAGAUGAAGAGAAGUGAACCAAUCUCUUUUUUUUCCAUCAAUGGAUGCUACAGCUUCUUGUUGACUUUGAAACUUAGCUUGUAGCCGACGUGUGCACAUUUUGAGCAUGACGUCUCUGAUCCACUGGUUAAAGGACACUUUGAUUCAGUCCUCUUUCAUCUCAAACUGCUUCAAACACAAAGCGUGUGACGGAAAAGUGGUUAGGACUGCACGAUUGCCCGUGUUUUGUGUUAUCUGUUUAUUGUUUUACUUUGUUAACAGUUUGUUAAGCGCUUUGUCACAGCUGCCGCCGUUGUGAAAGCGCUAUAUAAAUCAGCAUGUAUUGUAUGAUACUAAUGCAGCGUGUUAUACCGGAGACAAAUUACUUGUGUGUUCUACAUACUUGGCCAAUAAAGAUGAUUCUGAUUCUGACAUGGGCCAGUAAGGCAGACAUUAUGACAAAGGGUGUGCAAUAUAUUUUAAUGCGUGAAUUGCAAAUCACAUAUAGACUGAGCAGCAUGUCGAAAAGGAACCGUACUGUAAUUAGCUGCUGUAAACAAGCCACGUCAACAUAAACUGAAUCUGGAGUGCGUGUGUACACAA